AUGAAGCCUAUCAUUGGCUUCUUAGCAGAAAAUGGGUCACCACUCUGCGCUAAUAUUUAUCCUUGCUUGAGUUAUCAUCACAACCAAAACAGUAUGAGGCUUGACUAUGCCUUGUUCACUGCACCAGGAAGUGUGGUAAAUGAUGGACGGUUCAGAUACCACAGCCUUUUCGAUGCCCUGUUGGAUUCUGUCUAUGCUGCUGUUGAGAAGGUGGGUGGUUCUUCUGUAAGGAUUGUUGUAUCAGAAACUGGCUGGCCAAGUGCUGGCGACCCUGUGGCAACCAUUGCAAAUGCACAGACUUAUUUGAAAAGGUUGAUCCAACAUGUCAAAGGGGGUACUCCCAUAAACCCCAAUGGUCGUAUUGAGACCUACAUAAUGUUCGAUGAGAACACCAUGCCUGGAGCAGAGACCCAGGGACACUUUGGGCCAUUGGCCAAGCGCCAAAUCAACACUUAA